AAGGAGGCCCCGACCCUAGCUACGAGCCCAACGACGACCGAAGCGCCGUCUCCGCCUAGUAGCUCGCCGUACCACCUCCUCAGACACCGGCGGCGGUCAUGCCGCCUCCGCGUCCGCCGCACCCCCCACCUCCCCCUCCCCCGCCGCCCGGGCCGCCUCCUCUACGCGCCCAUCGCCUCCCUCUCCCGCCCACCCGCCCGGCCCCCGCGUCCCUCCUCCUCGCGCCGCCCUCCUCCCCAGCCCGUGCCCUCGCGCUUCUCUUCCCCGACUCCUCCGCCCACCUCUUCCCCUCCCUGCCCUCCGUCGCCACCUCGUCUUCGCCCGCUCACACCCCCGUCCCGUCACCACUCGCCGCCGCCGCCUGCUUCGCGCUGCUCCUCCCGUCCUCGCACCUCCUCUUCCUCUCCGCGCAUCCGUCCCCUUCCUCCCCCUCUGUCCACCUCCGCGCCUAUUCCCUCGCUUCCGCGCCCGCUUUCCCGCGCUUUGCGCCCGCCUCGCUCUCCUUCAAGCGCCAUGCCUCAGCCGCAGGCCUGCCGCUCCAGGGCCUACCCUUCGGCCUCGGCGUCCGCCUGGCCGGCGGGGUCAACGCCGUCGCGCUGCUCUCCCUGUCCGCCGGCCAGAUCUGGGUGCUCGCUCCGAAGCUGGCCGCCGACGGCCGGACGGUGGAGCUGCACAAGUGCGCGGUCGUCGAGCUCGAGCCGGCGCGGCCCGUGUACGCGAUGGAAGUCGCAAUGGGAAGGCUGCUGCUCGGGGAGGCUGGCGGCUUGCGCGUCUUCCCGCUGCGGGGUUUGAUGAAGGGUGGAAAGGAGAGGGAGGGGCAGAAGGAAGUUGCUGUGGCAGUAGGAAGGAAGGGCUACCACAAGAAGAACGGGAUGCUGAAUGGCUUAGUUGUGCCGGUUAAGCGUGUUAGCUAUGGGGGCAGUGGUCAAGGCGAUGCUAUUUCCACUCGUAAGCUCACAACUCUGAGGGUAAAACAGAGUUCAGGAAGCUAUUGCUCUUUUUUGUUGGCAUUUCAAAAUGAUGAUCACAAGUCAGAAGGCAGCAUGGAAUUGCUGAAAUCAGUGAAAGCUGUUUCGAUCCAUCCUCUUUCCAAGGACAAGUUUUUGGUACUGGAUUCAUCUGGAGUGUUGCAUGUCUUCAGUCUUUCAACAACAGAAAUGGGCUCAGGAGCUGCGGCUGCUGCCAGCAAGCAAUAUUCUGAAAAUAUCCAUACAUAUCGCUUGGAUUAUCCCAUGAAAGUGCAAUUAUCUGCUGUCUUUUCAGUUACCUCUAUAAAGACACAAAUUUUUUGGGUUUCAGAUGGUGGACAUACUGUACAUGCAAUGUCAGUGGUUGAGACUGAAUCCCCUCACGUUGACAAGUCAAACGGAGACGUUACCAGAGAAAGAGAGUUAGCAACUAUCAAGCUUUCAGCUAUUGAAGCAAUCCUAACAAGUGAAAGAGUUCAGGACAUUGUAUCUAUCUCCAAGGAUUCAGUCCUUAUCCUUGGUCAAGAUUAUGUCCCAGGCAACAUGUUUCUGUAUGGAACUUCUUGAAUUUGGUUGUUUAUCAUGUGUGUUUCAUUUGAUAUCAGGUGGAUACAUCACUGUUCUUUAGGGCAUGGUUCAAGAAUUUGCAGCUUUGGAUGGGGUUUUGGCUAAAGACAGGAUGGUUUUGGUGAUUUUGAAGAUGAACUUAUCCACCUGUUCUUGAAGUCGUGAGCUUUACUAUUUAUUAAUCACAGUAAGCAGAUGAAAAGCUCAUGUCUUCCACAGAGGACAGCAAGAAUCGGAAGAUGAUGCCAGAUUAUGGACAGACCAUGCGGUCAUGGGCCUAUUGCUCUGCAUGCGUAUUUGAUGCAAGACUGGCACCAACUCUUGUUGAUAUGACUUGGAGAAGAGCAAUGCUGCAAAAUCUAUUCCCAGGCUCAGUUGCCGAGGAAAGUGGAUCAUCAUGAGAUCAUGAGACCGUUCAGUUAUGGAAUUAUACAUCUGGUGCUAGUGUAAUUCAGAGACUGAGACUGCGGUGUCGUGGAGUUGAGGAUUGAGCAUGCUACUGUAGAGGACCUCGGAAAAGGAAUAAUGUAGUACUCCUGUAAGAGCUAAGAUCAGGCUUUCGCUAGAUGGAAUGCUGGAAGGCGCGACCUUGAGCCAUUCGUCUUAUAAUUUGUUUUUUAUUGCUACUUUUGUGAGUACACUAUUCCGAGGUACCCAAAUCAUUCAUGGUUAGUUGUGCAAAUUGAGACUGCUGCUUGCUA